UCCGAUCGCAAUGAACAGCUCAUUAACUGCUAUCGCAGUGCUCGCCAGCCUGCUUUUUAUCUGUUGCAACUCCGGAUCCGCAAAUUGGCUAUACAACGACUGCGGAGGCGAAUACCAGGGAGCCGUGGGUCCCUGGACAGCUCUAUUGCAGCAAAACGGCGAAAUCUUUUGUGCCGGAACACUGAUAACUAAAUUCUUUAUAUUAACUGCUGCGAACUGCAUUAAAACUAAAGGCGUCGUAAAAGUUCGCUUGGGGGAGUUCGGAAGAAGCGAAGGUGAUUUGGCGGAAGAUCAUUUAGUAGACUAUUCUCUCAGGUAUCGUUACUAUAACAACGAAUCGUAUUCCAAUAACAUCGGCCUGCUAAAACUGACCAAGGAAGUGCAGUUUAAAGCAUACAUAAAGCCGAUCUGCAUUAUCGGGGAUCCAAAGCAGGAGGUGAAAAAUUUCAUUGGAACUGCCUGGCAGGGAAUGAAUAUAGAUGGCAUGUACAGCACCAUGGAGCUUGGGUCCAUAAGAAUUGAACGUAAGCCUCACCUCUGCGAUGGACUAGACUUAUACACCCAGUUCUGUGCUGGAAGUUCGGAAUACUCGCAGUCAUGCGAUGGUCUCUCUGGCUCAGCACUAUCCCAAUACCUUAGAUAUCAAAAUGAAAAUAGGAUUGUUCAGUUCGGCAUCUCGACUUUGAGCGAAAUGGAUUGUCAGGGGGUACAGGGUUACACCGACGUAACGAAAUUUUACUGGUGGAUUCAGGAUGUGAUCGCACUGUUCGAAGUCUCUUCCUACACGCCCAAAAGAAGCUUUGCUGCCAGUGCCACAAGUAAAAGGAUUUAUACGAAAUGAUUACUUCAUAUAAUAGUUUGGACACUUAUAUUAAAUGAAAACUUAAUAAAAGUUAAUACAAGAAAUCUG